GAGCCGGGGGGCGGGGCCGAAAUGGAAUGUUGCCGCCGCCGCGUUCGGCCGGUUCUAGGUUCUAGUCGCGCGUCCUCAGACUGAGUGGAGUCAGUGGUUCAUGUAGAUCGUGUUGGAGCGAGUGUCUGUUUUUGUGUGUGAGAGAAAUAAGUACUGACAUUGAGGAGUCAGCUUUCUCCAUGCACUCGGCUUUUGGGAUAUUAAUAUCUAAGCUACACUGGAUUCACGUUGCAGACUGGAAUGAUCAGCACUAUUUGGAAUUAACUGUGUUUCAGUGUGGACAUCGCUACAUUUCUCUUUUGCCUCUAAUCCAAGAUGGGUAAUGGACUUUCAGAUCAAACUUCUAUUUUAUCAAGUUUUCCAUCUUUUCAGUCUCUCCACAUUGUUAUUCUGGGUUUAGACUGUGCUGGUAAAACUACAGUUUUGUACAGAUUACAGUUCAAUGAAUUUGUCAACACUGUUCCAACAAAAGGAUUUAAUACUGAAAAAAUCAGAGUGACUUUGGGUAACUCAAAAGCAGUGACUUUCCACUUCUGGGAUGUCGGUGGUCAAGAGAAACUGAGACCACUGUGGAAAUCUUAUACACGCUGCACAGAUGGUAUUAUUUUUGUGGUGGACUCGGUAGAUGUGGAAAGAAUGGAGGAAGCCAAAACUGAAUUGCACAAAAUAACCAGGAUCUCUGAGAACCAAGGAGUGCCGGUACUUUUGAUUGCCAACAAACAAGAUCUCAGGAACUGCCUCUCGCUCUCUGAAGUGGAAAAACUGUUAGCUUUGAGUGAAAUAAGUUCUUCCACCCCCUGGCACCUUCAACCUACCUGUGCCAUAAUAGGAGAUGGACUUAGAGAGGGACUGGAAAAACUUUAUGAAAUGAUCAUUAAAAGGCGGAAAAUGUUGAAACAGCAAAAAAAGAAGAGAUGAAUGUACAGAGGUUGAAGAUGCUUUGUAUUUUUAAAAGCUGAAAUAUUGCUACACUGGUCAUUACACCUUUAGCCUUUUGACAACAUUAAUGUUAAAAAUGUGAGUCUAGUGAGAUCUAAGGCAAAGCUUAUUCGUGGGCUCACAGUGGAAGUGGAUAUGAUAAUUAAGAAUGGAGAGCAGUUAUACUGGCAUAAAACUGUCAGCAUCCUUUAUUAUUAGACCAAAAUAUAUUCAAAUCUGUAGUAUUUUGUCUUUUUUUUAAUUAAGUUUCUAAUGUCUGUUUGCGUUUAAAUGUGUGUGUGUGUGUCAUGUGUUCCACUUUUGAGGCCUGCAAGACAAGGUACCUGCACAGCAAGUUCUGUAAUAUUUUAGGCAAAAUUGAACACUAAAAAUAUUUGGAUGUGAACUGUUUCAAAUCAAGAAACACCUACCAAAACUACAUGGAGAAGAAAAUGGCUGAUACAGAUUAUAGUUCGUUGCUGUUUCUUACCUUUUUGGCUAGGUAGUGGUUAGAGACUAUUUAAAAUGAGAUGCUACUGGAAUUGAAGAAGGCACAAAAUGCUCCUACUAUAUUAUCUGUAGUGUUAGAGUUGUUGGCAAGCAUGUUUCUUUUAAUAAAACAGUGGAAAAUGUGUGGUGUCAGAACUAGGUCUCUGGGGAGAGAGGAGGGAAAACCUGGAACACUGUGUUUAACUGACCUUGAACUUUUAUUUAAAAAAAAGCUUUCAGUAGACAGACAGGAAUGUAGCAAUCACAUGUUAGUUUGUUCUUGUCACUGAUAUUCACGUUAAAGUUGCUGCAAAGCCUCAUUUCUAAGCAGUGUUAACAUUUGGGAGCUAGACUCUUUACCGUAUAUAAGCUGUGACUUGAUGUGGUAGAAACUUAAAACCUUUAGGUCUGCAUACGUUGCCAACUGUAAAAUGUUCCUGUUAAUGCUAUUUAGGCAAGCAUUGCCAUGAAUUGUAGCAUUUGGUGCCAUCUUUUUAUGAGUUUCUCCAUUUGGAGCUCUUGUUAUAUUUCAUUUUCUUUUGAAGGUUGCAAAAUCUUUGUAUAUAUUAAUGUUUGAAAGUAGCCACUCUUUGGCUAGUGGUCUCAAGAAGAAUUCGAGAACCAUUCAUUCUUGCUGAAAAUAAUAAUGUAUUUGUUUACUGCCUCAUAAAGGGAUGGUAUCAUUCUAAUGAAACUACAACUGGCUAGCAACCCAAACCUAGCUUUCCCAGUUAGGGUCAUUUAGAUGGGUGUGUACAGAUUACACCAAUCUACAAAAAUUCAAAGUUAUUCCAAGUUCAUACGCAACUUUUUUAGUUGAUUAUCCUCCUCAGCAUACAAGGCCACAGCAGGUCAUUUCUCAACCUGUAAUUUAUUGUAGAAUUUGUCGUUCUGCAUGUGAACAUGCUGGAAGAAUUUACAGAAUAUUUAAAUCUGUUAAGCCAUCUGUUGUUUGUUUUUAUCUUAUGACUACGUUCCUCAUAUUACAAGUAUGAAAUCACAAAAAUACUUGUAAAUUUUCUGAAAUUUCAGAUAAGUGAGACCAAUUUAAUCAUUGGAAUGCUGAUAGCAAUAUAUUUGUUUAAAAUUUGAUUAUUGUUUAAUUUUUCAACAUUUAAAGUGCAGGCCUAUGUGUCCUGAGAUGAUGAUGAUGAGCAAUUUUUUAUUUAAAUGUUUAACCAAAGUUCACCACCUGAGGAAAAACAAAGCAUUAUAAAGAGAGGAUUGUUCCUUACACAAGAUGUGGAUUGGCUAUAUUUUCCUACACCACUUUGCUGAGGAUUAAUUUCCUCCUUUUCUGCAAAUAAGUUACAACCUCACUAUAUCUAUAAAUUCUUGACGUUUUUGUAAAUGUUCAUUUGAUGUUUCCUAUGUUUUUGUUCCCUGACUUUUUUUUUAGGUUUGAAAGAUAUUGAAACCCUGCACUUUUGUGUAAACAGCUGAGGAAAACAUUUUCUUGUGUAUAAAGCACAGAAGCUUGUGUUCAAAUUUUCACAUUUGAAAUGAAUCGAAACCUAGAUGGUCUGAAUGUAGACAACGUCCCUGGCAUUUUUUAAAAAAAAAAGACCAUUUAUGACCUGCAAAGAACUGUGCGAUAUCUUGUGGGUUACAGAAGCUUACUUACUUAGUGUUUUCUAUAAUUCAAAAAAGCAGGUCAAUUCAUUUUAAUUUAGUUUAUCAUUAUUAAACCUCAUCACUUGCAGAAAAGUAACAAAAGCAAACCAAUUGGUCUGACAUUGCAGUUUUAAAGGAAAAAUGAAAUUGAUGCUAUUACAAACUAUUUUCUAUCUUCAAUGACCUUGCAUCUGGACUUCCUUUGGAUUAAGUAAGGCUGUUGUCAAUAUUUUACUGUAUUGAUUCUGACACUGUAAAUAUCUUCUGUUUUUGACUUGUACAGUGGCUUCAGGAAAUGCACUUUAGUGUUCAUUAAAGAUCAACAGCUUUGUGUAACAUCUGUUUUAAUAACUUGUUUUAAGAAUUGAAUGACCUCUGUUGGAUUUGUCUUUGGUUAAGUGUUUCCACCUGCACUAGUGGCAUUGCUGUCAUUGAUUGGAAAAAUUCUUUAUAUUUAUAUGAAUGUUGGAACUUAAUAAAUACAACUCUGAAUAAAUUGUCAGUUUUCCAUUCAAAUCACUCAGGCAACAAUGAACCCAUCUCAAACUGCAAUUGCAAAAUCUUUUAUUUUGUAGCUUUUAAGUUAGGAGAAGGAGACAACUCAAUACAAUAGGAAUUUCUUUUAUGUUCCAAUAAGUCAGACUGAGAAAAGAGAUGAGAUUUAUAUUUUGUGAAACUUAUCUGUUCAAGGAAUAGAGCCAUGUAGCAUGAUGCUUUGUUUUACAUAAGCUUUUCAUCUUGGAAUUACAAGAUGAUAGAAACAUACUUCUGAAACUGAUUUGUAACAACCGAGAAUCUGCAUGCUGCUGUUAGCUUACUGAAAUGGUUUAAAAUUGGACCAUACUGUCACUGGAAGAUGACCUGUACAUUAUGUAAAUACAGCAUUGGGAGUCAAAAUCACGACAUAUUAGUUCACAACAGUGUUCUGCAAAAAUUAGUUUUAUUUUGAACAUCAGUUGAAGCUGAAUGUUUGUUUGUUUGUUUGUUUAUUGGAAAGGGUUACAUAAAUGUCCCUGAAUAUCCCAAUGUUUAUAUUGGAGUCCAGACAAUACACACCCAUGAACUGAGGGGUUCUAAAAAGAAAGCAAAAACGUCUAAGAAGCCAGUGUAAAUUAAAACUGACGUAUAAAGUUUUAUUUUGUUGUUCUUUGCCUUUUUGUAGCGAAAAGGUUAUUUUGUUCUGAAGGAUUGUGGUUCAAGGUCUGACAGUUGUGGUUGAAGUUGGAAACAUUGAUUUCCUGUCUGCAUCCAACCACUUGUGGAACUAAGGAAAGGAGCAACAGAUACUGGGAAAGGAGGUUGUGUAAAAUGUUGAUUGUUUAACUUUCAUAACAUUAAAGCCACAAUCGGUUAAAGAGGA